GGGGUGAAACAGGGUGAGAGACGGAGAGAGGGGAAGGCCGGGAGACAAGCCAGACUCUGUCUAAUCUGGCCCUCCUCCCCCUCAUCCCCCAUCCUGUUUACCUGCUUGAAGGUUUUGAAAGGGGCUCUGUGUGUGUGUUUGUGUGUGUGUGUGUGUAUGUGUGUGUGUGUGUGUGUUCAUCUACGAGGUAGGGGGUAGGGAGACUAGAAAAGGGGGGCUGCUGUCAUUACACUCCCUUCUCGGAGACGGCAAACAGACAAAAGGGGACAAAUAAAAACCCACAGGACACUCCUUAAGCAUAAAGUCCAUUGGAUCAGUAGGUGUCUUCACAGACAGACAUGCCUUGCAGACUCUGGCUUGCUCUUUCAGUGUGGCUUUUGCUGCCAACCUCUGAAGCUGGACGGCAUAUGCCUAAACUCUCUGACAAGAAACUCUGCGCUGACUCGGAAUGCAGCCACCCUAUUUUGAUAGCUCGUGCACUGCAGGACUACUACCCUGGAGACUGCAGGUUCAUCCCCAUCAGACAGGGGCAGCUCGUCUAUGUCUACGCAAUGCUAAAAGACAGAGGGAACCUCUUCUGGGCUGGCAGUGUGCAAGACUCGUAUUACGGGCAACAGGAGGCUCGCAUCGGCCACUUCCCCAGCAGUGUUGUGGAGGAGACACAUCCUCUCAUGCCAGCCAGCACCGAAGUGAAAACUACUAAAUGGGACUUCUACUGUUACUGAUGAGGCUUUCACCAAUAUGAUCCACAUUACAAGUAUCAUCUGAUCUUACACACAUUGUAACUGCUGAUAGUCUGCUAUUUAGGGAGAUAUGGGCUCAGCUCUACAUAGCGACAAACAACUGUGCUUUUUCUUGUUGAUUGUGUAUCCCAAAGAGUGUCCAACAAGCUAUGUUGUACUAAAAAGUACUAAAAAGCAACAGCAAUGUAAAGGAUUUCUGCCCUAAUUCCCCAAUAUUAUAUUAAGGAGAUAAAUUAAAAGGAAUUUGAAUGCUCCUUUAAUCUAAUGGAACAGCCAUUCAAUACAUAGGCAGGAUAUAACAGUGUUGAAACUACUGUAUUUGCAUGUUUGCUUGUAGAAUAAUGAAGAAUUAACUGUAUAGACUUGACAAAAGUGAAUAAAAACCUCAGCAUAACA